AUGCAAGCAGCAGACCCUCCUUUCGGAACAUCUGAGCUCGGCUUUCUCAGAGUCCACUCCAACGACGAAAGCGAAUUCGUAGGAAGCUCAAGUGGUGUCUUCUUUGUCAAUACCGUGCGCCAGGCAUUUACGAAAAGUCUGAGACCUUUGGAAACAGGGGCGGCACCAGGAUUUCCCACACCGGAAGAUACAUUAGUUGGGUCACCAAAGCCGAGCAGCGUGGGUAACGAUGAUGGUAGAGAUCCAAGCAGACUUCUAGAACUCCGGGCGAAGUGGACUUAUGACCCUCAAAUUGCGCGGUAUCUCGGAGAGGCACCAGGACUAGAGGUUGCAAGCCAACUGAUGAUGAUAUAUUUUGAAAGAUGGCACCCUAUUUUCCCUGUCCUGCACGGCCCUUCAUUUUUAAUGACAAUGGAAGCAUUCUAUUCGGAGACCCGCACCAGCGGUGAAGGAGAAGUAUCAAAGCAUCACAGAGCUUGUUGGACGGCAAUAUUUCAGGGUGUUUUCAAUAUAGCGAGUAUCCUCCGACCAGAUCUGCAACUUGCACACAAGUCAAAGAUUAUAUCUGCCGCUGAUGCAGUCCAGCUGGCCAACGUGCUUCUUAAUCGCCAUGACAUAUUGUCCUUUCAAGCUAUUCUAGCUAUACAGUUAUAUCUCAUCGCUAGCAUGUCUCUUCGCAGCGCAUCUCUACUCGGUGGGACUAUUCUACGAGCAAUUCUUCACGCAGGGUAUCAUCGCUGUCCCUAUCGCUAUGAAGAAUUCGAUGUAUAUGAUCGUUUUUUGCGAAAACGUAUAUUCUGGUCUUUCUAUGCUAUUGAUAGGUAUCUAAGCCAGGCGCUGGGCCUACCUCUUGGUAUACAAGACUCUGAUAUCGACGUAUGCCUUCCUGCAGUCGUCGACUGUCAUAAACCAGGAAAUCCUCUUCCGCUUCCAUCGAUGUCUCCAGGUAGGGCAGCGGAGGGACCUUCUGAAAUAGCAGGCAGCAGUACACUUCAGCACAGCUUAGUGGAUCAGUGGUCUAUUGAGAACUCAUAUAAUGGAAUAUCACCGAGGCGAGAAAUUACGUUGGCAGCCUUUGUCUUUUAUGGAAGACUCACUGGCAGGGCCCUAGAAUUGUUUCACAAGUCCAUUCAUGCCCGCAAGGUUCCCCGAGACGCUGUUUCAUGGCUCGUAUCCGAUGUCUUUAGAUGGUGGAACGGCCUUGCAAGCAAUUUAGAGCAUGUUGCUGGAAGGAAUUCAACGGUUUCGACUGAAGAUUUCUCCCCAAAAAUAGGUCCUCUUUUUUUCGUCCUCUACAAACAUCUUAUCCUCUGCAUUAAUCGCCCAUAUCUAUCGCGUGAGCCUUCAUCAUCGGGUUUUUCCUCUGGUCUUCAGAUGUGUCUCGAAGCUGCGAAAAGUAUCCUGUCGUCACUCAAGACGCAGCUCUCAAAGGAGCAGGAUUUCUUCUGGCCCGGUCUCUUAUCUGCAGCUUAUAUGGCAGGGUUGGUAAUUGCAUUUGCAUGCCAAUUGGGGCAGUAUUCUAUCUUCAAUGGUUGUCAGGAAAUCAGCGACUGCCUCGACAUUUUGCAGGCCAUGUCUCGACAGUGGGAGAUCGCAAAACACUGCCACACGGCAUUGUCAAUAUUACUCAAGAAUAUACAGCGGCAGGGCAGAGAUCGCGAAUCUUCCAGCUCGAAACGCCUUCAUCAGCCAAAUUCUCAAUCUACUCAGCCCAAGCGGCGCAGUAAAAGGCGGAAGAAAACCUCUGCUGAUCAUGAAGACGAUCAUACAGCAUCUCAGUCAUAUGACAAUGCCAAUUAUCAAGCUCAGGAAACACGAAAUGCCACGACAGCCGUGGCACAACAAUCCACCGAAAUAUCAUCUAAUAAUAUAUCCAAUACGCUCCACGUCUCUUCGGAAUCUGCUCAACUAUACCAGCCGCCAACAGACAGCAAUAACAUCAGUUCCUUCGAAGACGUUACACUCGCAGUGCCCAUGAUAAAUGACUAUUUCAACAUCGAAGGAAUACAAUCACCCGACGAAUCAUCCUUUUUUACGACAAACUUCGAUCUUAACAUGACGGAUCUUUUCCAAAACUCGACGUGGGAUCCAAAGCUUUUUGAUGCAUUUAAUCAGGGAUGAGCAAGAAGAAAAGAAAAUGGCUAAAUCAAG